AUUUCAUAAAUCUCGAACAUUCGAUUUAUUAAUAUUUCAAACAUAAAAUAAUAACGUAAACCGGUGUGAGCGAGGAGCGUGCAGUAGGUAGCGGCCGGCUAGCCGCGCGCAAUACUCCGAAGGUGUUUAUUAAGAGGCGACGUUAUCGGCGCUCGGCACUCGACGUCGCGUCGCGUCGCGUUGUAGAGCCACGCCGUGCCGCCCCGCGUCCGACGUCGUCCGAAGCCCGUCCGGCCGCGGCCCGUCCGGCGGCGCGGCGGCGCUACAAAUCUUCCGUUUCACUCGGGCCCAGCCUCCGAGCGGCGCGGAGAGGAACAGCACGCUCCAAAGCACGCGGCUGCGUGAUGCCGGCUACUCCCGAAAUAGACCCCCCGCGCGGGGCGCCGCCACCGGCCCAUCGACGUGCUUUUAGUAUGCUGCGCGCAUGCGAACCGCCCGCACCCUUCUGCGCUCCUGGUACGGCCAACGCGCGAAUUUAUUCUAACAAAAAUACAUUUCAAUAAAUAAAUAAGUAGCAUGCUUUAAAAUUCAAACAUGGUCGCUAUAUUGGCCAACCCGAAAUGGAGCGAGGACCUCACCAUCCAAAUGAUAAUCGAGUACGAAAAACGCGAGUAUCUAUGGAAUCCGGUGUCCGAGCACUACAAGAACAAGAAAAUACGGGAGCAAGGCUACGUGGAGAUAAUAAACGCUUUGAAUUUGGUCGACGUGACUGUUAAAGAGUUGAAAAACAAGAUAAAGAACAUACGUUCGUCGUACAGCGUGGAGCUGAAGAAGAUCCGCGCGGCGCGGAAGGCGGGCGCGCAUGCGUACCGGCCGAGCGUCACGUGGUUCGAGCACGCAGACAGGUUUCUGCGGGCCAUCGUCACGCCGAGCUCCGUGGACAACAGUUUGCUCGACAUCCCGAUGAGCGAUGACAGCGACGUGGUGCAGGACCUGAGCGAGCGCAAGUCGCCGGAGAAGAAGAGUCCUCGCAAGCGGCGCAGCUCGACGCGCUCCUCGACUCCAUACGUGCUGAACACGCCGUCGCCGCGGCCGAGCACGCCCUUCGGGUUGAGUUCCACUGCCAGCCCCUUCGGUAUCCUGCCUCCUGUCACCUCCGCGCCGUUUUUAAACCCUCCCGUGGGGAUCGCGACCCCGCUAACUACUUCCCUGGCCACGAUAUACCCUGUACCCACAAAACAGAAGAAGGGCACCUCUGAAAGCGACCACACUGACCUACCCCAAGACCUGAGCCAGCAUUCGGAGAACGGGAACGAUUCAAACGAGUUCGAGAUGUUCGGGAAGUUGAUUGCAAGCCAGCUUCGGAAGUUGCCGCUCAGCCUGGCUCUGGAUACGCAGCUGAAGAUACAGACGCUGGUGAACGCAGCGAGGAUCCAGGCGGUAUAUCAGCAGUAUAGUUAUGCCGGGCCGUCGCAGGAGGCGCUGUCGGUUCAGGCUUUGUCGAACGGUAUUUUGGCCAGCAUGGCGUCUCAAAGCGGGUUCGGAUCCCGGUCGAUGGGCCUCAGAAAUGAUUCUCCGGACGAAAUGCACAGAGACCUCAAAACUGAGUACUCCAUAGGCUCGGAGGCUGAGGAUUAAAUCACUGCCCAGAAUGGUCAGCGGUGACGAAUGGCGAAAAUAAUUGUAUAAAUAUUAAAAUUCGACCUUAAUUCUAUCGGUAUACGGAUGAUAUUGACGAAACAAAAUACACAAAGCAUGAUUGGCCGUUUCGGCUUGCUCAGCAUUUUCUUUGUACUAAAAUCAGCCAUAUGCUAGACAUGUAAGGUUGAAUUUCUUUUGCACGCCAAUACAAUUUUUUGCCGCCAUUCCGUCUACGCUGAUCUACCAGAGUACCUCACUCCUCGGAGAUAUUUCGAAUUUAUGUAUGCUCAUCUGUUUAGAAUAAAUCAGAUUGUGUGGAUUUAAAAUUUUACGUAGAUUUCAUGGGCGUUGGGUCGAUUAUAUUUUAAUUAUUGAGGAGACGGGGUUAAUUGGCCAUUAGGAAAAAAACAGCCACAUUUUUUCAUAAUAUUUUUUUUUUCUUCUUAUAUUUCGUCAAAUGCCCCUGCGCCCAUGUUUUGUGGUAAAUGUUAGAUAUAUCGAUGUUAUUGAUGUGUAGAUAAACAGACAAAUAAUUACUGAGUACAAACUUUCGGAGUAGUUUGUGUAGUUUCGGAGCUAGUCACUGAUUCGUGCGGAUCUCAAUGUUUAGGCUGUGUUUUUUUUUAAAGGAAAAUUAUUUUUAAGAUUUACCGGGCGGGUUCGCCAGUUUCAAACGAAUUUAUUUUGUGUGAUAGAUCGGUACGGCCGAAGGGAAAAAAAAAUAUGGCGAAAAAAAUCUACCCACAUUUUACAAAAGUUAUAUUGACAAACUGUUCUAUUUACAUACUUAUCACUAUCCUAAAUGAUGGAUUUUUGUAUACCGCAUCUGGGUAACUAAAAAUUUCCAUUUCCAGUAAGUACAUAUUCGUGGAAAGUCUUGUGAAACAAUUUUAUUUUUCCCUUCGGAUGUCUAGGUUACCUGUUUAUUAUGUGAUGAUAACGUGUUAUAAAUGUAAGAAAUAAAAUACCUCAGCGUAGCACAGUACCUUUUAUAGUGUUUAUUGGGAUGAUAUUUUAUCUGUUGUUCUAUGUGCCACAAAUAGAUUGUGUACGAGAUGUCAUUUAUUGAGAAAUAAAUAUUUUAUAAAUGUCAGAGUA